UAUGUGCCGUCUGAGCACCACACAAUCCACUCCGUGUGGUGGAAUGGGAUGGAUGGAACGAAUGGCUGUUGGCUGACGGAAGCUCAGAUCCGGAUGGCACACGAUGGCUUCAAGCAAUGUUACUGACAAUUUGACAUGCAGGAUCCUUCAUCACCGAUAACACUACGCACGCGUAAAUUCAUUACGAACCGCCUGCUCGCUCGGCGCCAGAUGGUCGUCGAUGUGUUGCACCCAGGUCGCCCGAACGUGUCCAAGGCGGAGCUGAGUGAGAAGCUCGCACAGCUGUACAAAGCAGACAAGGCUCGUGUUGUGCCGUUCGGUUUCCGCACGCACUUUGGUGGUGGACGCAGCACUGGAUUUGCUCUGAUCUACGACGACGAGGCUGCUCAGAAGAGGUUUGAGCCGCGAUACCGAUUGGUUAGGGCUGGUCUUACGCAGAAGGUUGACAAGCCAUCUCGUAAACUUCGCAAGGAGCGUAAGAACCGUGCAAAGAAGCUCCGUGGUACGAAGAAAACGAAGGCUGCGGAACCUGCGAAGAAGGGCAAGUAAACGACUUCGACCUGCCAGGCCAACGCCGUGGCCGUGUGGGAGGAUACGACCUUGGCGUUGGCUGGCAUGGGCUGCAUCGACCAUGCUUGGUAUGGCAGGAUGUGGACGGAUACUGUGUACUUUUUCCCGCCUCUCGUUGUUUCUGCCUACAACAAAAGUUUUCCUGGGUGUACCAAUGAUACUCCUUUUCCUCAGUUUCGCUCUCCUCCCGUACCCCUGCAUGGUUUAAUACAUGUCACUUAUAUGCAUAUGCAAUAUCAAGCUCAAA